CGUUUUAAUCACACUAAAACUUUCGCAACCCCACCCCCUCCACAAAGAGACAAUUAUGAGCGGAGAAUCAUCAAAGGCUGCACUGGGCAGGGGAAUCGCUGCGACGGUUGCUACAAAUACUUCCGGAACACCUGCUUAUGAGUUACCAUGGGUCGAAAAGUACCGUCCGAUCUUCCUAGAAGAUAUAGUCGGCAACAGCGAGACAGUAGAGCGAUUGAAGAUUAUCGGGAAGGACGGGAACAUGCCACAUUUGAUCAUUUCUGGGAUGCCAGGGAUUGGUAAAACAACCUCGGUCCUAUGCCUCGCCAGAGCCCUCCUAGGAGAUGCGUACAAAGAAGCAGUGCUAGAACUCAACGCUUCGGACGAGCGCGGGAUCGACGUGGUCCGGAAUCGCAUCAAGGGAUUCGCGCAGAAGAAGGUCACGCUCCCACCCGGAAGACAGAAGGUUGUGAUUCUCGAUGAAGCCGACAGCAUGACGGCGGGGGCCCAGCAGGCCCUCCGCCGCACGAUGGAAAUAUACUCAUCCACCACCCGCUUCGCGUUUGCCUGCAACCAGAGCAACAAAAUCAUCGAGCCGUUGCAAUCCCGCUGCGCCAUCCUCCGUUACUCCCGCCUCACAGAUGCGCAGGUCCUCCACCGCCUACUCGAGAUCUGCCUGGCGGAGAAGGUGGAGCACUCGGAGGAGGGCCUCGCCGCGCUAAUUUUCUCCGCCGAGGGGGAUAUGCGUCAGGCCAUUAACAACCUGCAGAGCACGGUCGCGGGUUUUGGCUUCGUCAGUGCGGACAACGUCUUCAAGGUUGUUGACUCGCCGCACCCGAUUGCGGUGCAGGCCUUGAUCAAGGCUUGUUACACCGGCAAGAUUGAUGCAGCGCUGGAGAAGCUAGAGGAGCUUUGGGGGAAGGGCUAUUCCGCCAUCGAUAUCAUCAGCACUAUGUUCAGAGUCACGAAGACGGUAGAUGCUCUCAGUGAACAUUCGAAGCUGGAGUUCAUCAAAGUCAUAGGGUUCACACAUAUGCGCAUCCUGGAAGGCGUGGCCACACUCCUGCAGCUAAGAGGCUGCAUCGCGAAAUUGACGAAAAUAAAUAUGUCGCCCGAGUUGUUUGUGCCAAAGGAAGGAGGGACAGGCGAAUAA